UUAUAAACAUUCAUACACUGCACAUAUGAAGACUCACAAAGUGAAAGAGGGUGUCAAGUUUAUUUGCAACACUUGUAAGAGAGAGUUUCAACAUCAGGCCCAUUUAGACAACCAUAUAUUAUCAGUUCACACGAGAGAAAAAGGUUUCAAAUGUGAAUAUUGUGCUAAAAACUUUUCAACACAAGAAAGUCUAGACAAUCACCGUGAAGCUCAUAAAGUGGAAAAACGACAUCAGUGUCCUAUGUGUGACAAAGCUUUUUAUGUGUUGUCUACAUUAAAGGACCACAUUCGGACCCAUACCGGAGAGAAACCUUUCCUGUGCUCGGAUUGCGGGAAGGGCUUCAGUCAGAAGAAUAAUUUAACUCAGCACAUGCGGCGACACCAAGGGCUAAAGCUCUUUAAGUGUGAAAAUUGUGAACAAAGAUUUGUAUCAAAAGGCGAGUUGGUAGCUCAUAAUCGAAAGCACAGUGGCGCACAUCCCUUCGUGUGUGACGAAUGUGGGAACAGCUUUACUACGUCAAGUUCUCUGAGCAAACACCGCCGCAUCCAUACUGGAGAGAAACCGUAUGCCUGCGAUCU